GGAAAACUGAUGACAUCUUCAGGCGCGUCGGUGAGAGAAUGGCACCCACUAAGGUGCAAAUCAAGUGGAAUAAGCAGACUUUCUCUGAAGUUCCGCUUGACACAACGGGAACUGCGCUGACUUUCAAACAGCAUGUCUACGAACUAACGGGGGUUCCAGUACCGCGGCAAAAACUGAUGUGUAAGGGAGCGUGGAAGCUGGCUCUCAAGGAUGACGACGACUUGUCAAAGCUUUCAAUCAAGGAUGGUGCGGCGGUGACGCUCAUAGGAACAGCAGAUGUGGUCAAGGAGCCAGUAGAGAAGGUGGUUUUUGUCGAAGACAUGGCACAGGCGGAUCAGGCCAAGACGGGCGCCAUUCUUCCUGCGGGACUGCGCAAUCUAGGCAACACCUGCUACCUCAAUUCGACGUUACAAUGUCUCCGGUACGUACCAGAGCUUCGACAGGCUUUAAACAGGUACACUGGGACGGGCGCCAACGAGCAACCAUUUUUGACGAAUGCCCUUAAGGACACGUUCAAUCUACUCGAUGGCAACACGGAACCUGUGCCCCCUAUGCAAUUCGUCAUGUUGCUGCGCCAGCAGUUCCCUCAGUUCGCCCAGCAGUCUCGCGGUCACUUCAUGCAGCAAGAUGCCGACGAAUUCAUGAACGAGCUUUUGACGUCGCUCGCGGCCAACCUGCGCGACGCGUACGGGCUCCCCUCUCUGGAGGACGCCGGGAAUUUCGUCGACGCCUUGUUUGGGAUGGAAGUGGAGGACACGUUAUCCUGUGCCGAGUCGGAGGCCGAGAAACCGGUCGUGAAGAGAGAUCAUGUACGGAAGCUGGUCUGCAACAUCCAGGGCGGUGCUGGCAGCGACGUGAAGAUCAACUAUCUGCAUGAGGGGGUGAAGUUGGCCUUGGAGGGGACGAUCGAGAAGCAGAGCGAGGUUCUGGGGCGCGACGCGGUCUGGAAUAAGACCACCCGCAUAGCUCGUCUGCCGCGCUAUCUCUGUGUCCAAUUCAUGAGGUUUUUCUGGAAAGCGACCCCAGACAGUCAGGACCACGCCGGUGUGAAAUGCAAGUCUCUGCGGACCGUCACCUUCCCCGAGACCCUCGACAUGUUCGACUUCUGCAACAAGACACUCCAGGACCGGCUCAUGAUCACGCGCGGAAGGGAAGUGGACGACAUCCUGGGCAAGGAUUCGAAGAAGAAGGGCGACGGCCUUGGUGGAGACGGGGGCGACCCGGAGGCCAAAGGCGAGGAGAGCAGCGGCAACGGCAGUUCUGAAGAAGAGGCCGCGUUGCAGGCGGCUCUGGCCAUGUCCAUGGCGGAUUCUGCAGAUGCAGCUGUGCCUCCUGCUCCCUGUGGUCCAGGUCUGCCAAUGGAUUUCAAGGGCUUGUACGAGCUCUUCGGCGUGGUGACGCACAAGGGUAGGACGGCCGACGGGGGGCACUACAUGGGCUGGGUCCGUCAGAAGGGGGACGACUGGCUGGUGUUUGACGACGAAGACGUGUCCGAGUGCAAGACGGCGGAAGUCCUACAGCUUUCAGGGGGUGGGGAUUGGCACAUGGCCUACCUCUGCUUCUAUCGCUUCAAGGGCACAGGAGGGGUUGCAGACGAGAAGGGGUCCUCUAGAGAGGGCAAGGAGUGAGCGGAGGGAUGAUGUACGGUGAGACACUGGUCAGGCAGACGCGUGUAGCGGUCGCUUUCGUGAGAGGCGAGGAGUGCGGCUCCGUAAGGAGAGGGUCAUCGGUUCUCGAAAGCAUAUGUAAAGAAGAAAGACCGAACAUGCGCUCUUGA